UUUUAUUAUUUAGAUAUAUUAGUAAUUUUAGCAUAUUGUUGUAUAGAAAUUUGUAGUUUUAAAUAAAAAAACGAUGAAUACCUUAGGGCUUAGCAUGAUAUUAAAAAUGGGAUGCAUUUGUACGAAGGAGCACUUGGAAAUAAAUGGAAAGAGAUACACAGUUUUAGAAAGACUUGGUGAAGGUGGAUUUUCUUGCGUAGAUUUAGUAGAAAAUACGUCUAAUAAAAAGAAAUACGCCGUAAAAAGGAUAGUGUGUCAUAGUGCGGACGAUGAAAAAAUCACCAUGGACGAGAUACGUUAUUACACGAAACUCAAACAUCCCAAUAUAAUAAAAUUAGUGGAUUUCUACUUCACAAAUUCCAAAGAACAAACGGACCCCCACGCGACGUCCGAAGCCUUCUUAGUUCUGCCUUACUACAAACGGGGCACCCUGCACGACUACCUCACAUUGAGAUCCUUCAACAGGAACUAUUUAAACGAAAAAGACGUCCUGAGAAUAUUCCUCGAUGUGUGCGACGCCAUCAAGUACCUGCACGACUUCGCGCCCGAUCCCAUAGCCCACAGGGACCUAAAAACCGCCAAUAUUUGCCUCACCGAGCAAACCGACCCUAUCCUAAUGGACCUAGGCUCCUGCGCCGCGGCCAAAGUGCAAGUAUGCGGAGCCCAAGACGCCCAAAAGCUGCAAGACCUCGCCGCCGAGCGGUGCUCGAUGACCUACAGGGCCCCGGAGCUGUUCCACGUCGAAAGCUACUGCAUCAUCGAUCAAAGGGUCGAUAUUUGGAGUUUAGGCUGCGUGUUGUACGCCAUGAUGUACUUCAAGUCGCCGUUCGAUAUUGUCUAUGAAAAAGGGGACUCGGUGAAUUUGGCCGCGCUGUCCGGAACCGUCAGCUACCCCGGCGAGACUCCCUUUUGCGAAGAUAUGCACGAACUGGUCCGGUUUUGUCUCAAAGUCGAUCCGUCCCAAAGGCCUUUCAUAGACGCCGUUAUAGAGAAGGCCAAGGAAGCGAUGAAUAAAAUCGAAAUCGUUGUAUAAUCGAUUGCUUUUAAAACGCACUAAAACAAUUACAUGUUAAAAACUAAUUAGUGAUAUACAGAUAAGUGCAAAUUUGUACGCAAUACGGUCUAUGGGCUCACAUAAAGGAAUUUAUAUACUUUUUCACUGUAACUAACUGUUACUUGACUAAUAAUGCUAGUUUACGAGCGUCCUUAAUGGUUUUAGACAGUUCUAAAUAGUUCUGAAGCGUUCUAAAUUGUUUUAGACAAUUCUAAAUGGUUUUGGAGCUUUCUAAAUGGUUCUGUAUUGUUCUAAAUGAUUCUGUCUAUAGGCUAUUUUGACAAGGCACGAAUUUACCAUUAUUGCAAACAAAUUUGCACCUAUCCGCAUCUUUAAAACAGUAUCAUUUUUAAGUUAAUGUUAAAAUAAACAAUUUCUAUCACAGACAUAUUAAAAAUUAUCACAUUUCGCAACAAGGAAAUCGCCUUUUAACGAGCAAAGUGUUACCGUAUCUCGCCACCAUUCCCUCCUGCGCGAUAUUCACCAUCUUGUAGUAGGCCUCGUGCCAAGCGCAGUUCAGCGAAGAGAAGUUCCUUAAAUUUCACAUAAUAUUUACUAAAUUCUACUAUCUAGUGAAUUCUACUAUCUUCUACCCAACUCUACCCUACUCUACCUUUUCCCUACAUCGUCCUAUAGUCCUAUUCUUAAGCGGGACGCCCUGUAUAAUCGUCGCAUGUCUCAGAU